AUGUCUACUGAGCCCAUCACCUCUCCCGAGCUCCAGAAAAAUAGACUCCUGCGUCUCACCAUCGACCACUACCGCACCGAGACCUGCAGUGAGAAGGACAUAUACAAGUGGGGCUACGCAGUUCACUGGUCCCCGUCGUCGAUGCGCGGCGCCGCCAAGGCCCUGAACGCCAGCCUCGGCGAUCGCUGGGUCAUCCGCGACCACGACAUGUGGGCUGAGUUCUGGUUCCGCGACAUGGCGGCCCUCGCGGCCGCGGCCUCGGACCCGGAGUUCCAGAAGCUGCAGGAGGCCGAGGGGCCCUACGCCAGCAAGAUCCACAUUGAGGCGAGCCUGGGCUGGGUCGAGCAGUAUGUCGCUGACGGCAAGGUCGUCAAUGUGACGCCCGAUGGCAAGCCCGACUUCCUCAGCUUCGAGGAGAUGAGCGCCCCGCCGUUGUAG